AUGGACUCGCACAAGGGGGCAGCAGCGGGAGGCGGGGGCGAGGUGAGGCGGAUCAACGUGGUCUACUUCCUGAGCCGCGGCGGCCGGACGGACCACCCGCACCUCUUCCGCGUCAACCACCUCAACCGCGCCGGCGGCGUCCGCCUCCACGAUGUCAAGAGGUGGCUCUCCGAGCUGCGCGGCAAGGACAUGCCGGACAAUUACUCCUGGUCCUACAAAAGGAAGUACAAGGCCGGGUACGUGUGGCAGGACCUGAAGGACGACGACCUCAUCACGCCCGUCUCCGACAACGAGUACGUGCUCAAGGGCUGCGACGUCCGGGGAACACCUCCUCCCUGCGUCCAAGCGCCAAGAAGGACUUCUUCCUUAGGCGAGAAGAAACGCAAGGAGGAAGAGGAAGACGUGACGCCGUGCAACGACGAUCAGAACGGCCCCGUGGAGGUGGUACUGACGACACCUGACUCCAACGAGAGCUCCCCGAAGCCGCCGCCGCCUGCGGACCAGGACUCGCCCGGAGGCUGCGAGUCGGCGCGCCGCAGCACGGCCCCGUUCAAGGUCGAGAAGCCGCAGGACCUCGACGAGCAAAAGCAUCAGGAGCAAGUGGUGAUCAAGAUCGAGGUGUCACGGUCACAGAACCACCAGCGGCAAAAACACGAGGACAAGGAGGAGGAGGACGAAGGAGAAGCGGCAGCCGAGAAGACCGACACCAAGGCUGCGGCGGUAGAGGAGCAGCCGCAGGGAGAGGGAGCGGCGGGGGGCGUCAGGGGCCACGCGCACGCGGUGGGGAAGCAGGCGCGGAGGAUGCGCGUGGCGCGGGCGCUCCACAACAUGCUGACGUGCGCGCGCGCCGACGCCGACGACGCCGCGCUCCGCCCCCUGGCGGCGCGGCGGCAGGACGGCGGCGGCGGCGACUCGCCCACGCUGACGUGCCCCGGCAUGGAAGGCUGCGGCCUACGCGUGAGCCGGAACCGGAAGGCGGCGAGGCCGCCGAAGGGCGGCAAGGAGAAGCAGCAGCGCAAGCGAGACGGCGAGAAGAAGCACGACUCAAACAAGCCGGCCACCCUGCCGCGUUGCUCGCAGUGCGGGAAGGAGUUCAAGCCGCAGGAGCUGCACUCGCACAUGCAGUCGUGCCGGGGCUUCAAGGAGCGGAUGAGGAGCAGCACCAGCGCCCGGCCCAGCACCGACAGGAGGCGCAACUGGCCGACCGCCGGUCACUACUCCUCGGAGUCGGAGCGGCCGUCCUCAGCCUCCGCCGUCUUCCUGCUCACGGAAUCCUGA